AUGCACGCUGCCUUCGCCUUCGUUCUCCUUCUCGCGUGUUCGCUCUUUGUCGCCGCGCAGUCCCAACACAACGACAUUGCGAAGUGCAUCAUCGCCAAGUGCCCGGCUCAGGUGAUGGCCUGCUAUGAGGACCCCGUCUGCCUCUCCGCCAUCGCGUGCGUCCAGGCGUGUGGUCCGUCCGACGUGGCGUGCGCCACUGGCUGCACGCAGGCCGCCGGCGACCCGACCUUCGGCGCCCUGGCCCAGUGCGCCAGCCAGUGCCUCUACUCCGCCACCACCGAUGUGUUCGACCUCAUCGCGCCCGUCGACGCGCCCUUCGGCAAGUGCUCGUGGCUCAAGAAGGCCGCCUGUGCCGUCGGCAUCGCCGGCGCCGUGGCCGCGUGCGGCGGCCCCGAGGACAUUCCCUGCAUUCUCGCCGCUCUCAAGGCUCUCGAGGGCUGCGCCACCUGCUUCUGCGAGGACCACUGCCACGGUCCCUGCAAGGCUCUCCACCUCUGCUGA